CUGGUUUCGACCGAAAAUAAAGGAAAUACCUUUGCCUCCUUUGCCUGGCCCCGCCAUGGCAAUCUCUCGCUGAAGUGAAGUCGACCCUCUCCUGAACGGCGUCGUCAAUGCCUCAUUCCCUUGUCGGAAAAUGGAGAACCACCAUCUUUGCCUCGGCUUCUCCGCUGUCACAAGCCCGGAGCUUCCGUUCAGACGCAGCGUUAGAAGCCCUGGCCAAAGCCUCUCAAGACAAAGUUCCCAACUUGCUUCUCUACAACUACCCUUCUUUCUCUGGAGCUUUCUCCGCUCUAUUCGCUUAUCUCUUUCACUCUCGCCUCAACCUCCCCUUUCUCUCUCUUCCUUUCUCUUCCGUCGAACCCUUCAGAGUUGAUGAGUUGCGGACUGAAGGGCUGGAAAGGUGCUAUCUUGUUGAUUUUCUUGGCCGCGAGGGAUUUGCGGUCGAGCUUGCGCAGAGAGCUUCGUGCGAGGUAAUUGCUUUUGAUCAUCGAAAAAGGGUACUUCCACAGAUACCCUCUAAGGAAGAUUGUCCAAAGAACCUCACAUUUCAUGUGAAUCUUGAAAAGAGUAGCUCUAGCGCUGCGUAUGACUACUUUUCAGCUCAACUGGCCGGUAUUAAAUAUGCUAAUGGAAUGGAUGCAAGUUUAUUAGAACCCGAGGACAGAGAUCGUGUAGAAAUGGUGCUGAAGUACAUUGAGGAUGGAGAUCUCCGUCGGUGGGCUUUGCCUGACAUUAAGGCAUUUAACAUUGGACUCGGUGAAUGGCGCUCCAAGUUAAAUUGUGUUACUAAUCCGUACAUGUAUGAACAGUUACUGGAAAUAAAUGCUGUGGAUGUAAUUACCAAGGGGAUGUCUUAUAUUUCCGCUCGCCAGAAAGCUGCAAACAAGUUACUGGAUAAGGUUUUUAAAAUAAGGCUGGGCAGAGGGUUUUAUGGGGAGUGUCUGGGAGUUAGAGCUGACGGGAAUUCUGAGUUAAGUGAUGAAAUUGCCAAGCAGCUUAGUGUACAAAGUGCCGCUGCAGGUCUUAGGCCUAUAGGAGCAGUUAUAUUCAUGCAACGGAGAAACCUGAAAAUGUGUUUAAGGAGUACUGAUACUGCUACGGAUACCUCUGAAGUUGCAAAGGCAUUUGGAGGAGGAGGCUCCCCAAGUUCUAGUUCUUUUAUCAUAAGAAUGGAUGAGUACAAUCAGUGGGUUUCAGGAUAUUCAAGAUGAACAUGUCAAGAUGUGAAACACUAUCGUUAAGGAAGGGUGAAUGUAAAGGCCAUGGCACCAGCAAAUAGGAGUCCCCACCAUGGCAUCUGAACCUCAUCAUUCAAGACGAUGCAGAGUACAAGAGAAACUGCUACUGUAAUGAUGAGCAACAUGUAAAACCACCAGCUAGGUAUGUCCUUGUAUCUUCUCAUCAAUCUUGUAUGGAUAUCUUCCUUUCCUUUGUAAGAAGCACGAUAGCGAUCAAGGAUCUCUCUGCCAUUUAGGUACAUCAAAAUGUAACUGACUUUAAAUCUUUCAGAAUGAUAAUCUUAUAGGGGAGAAUUGUGCUUU